CAAAACUGCUUGGAAGAAAGGGAUGAGAGCGUGUAGUAGUGGUGGCACAAAUAUCCAUAAAUGAAUAAUAGAAAAGAAGACAUGGAGAUUGCCUCCCACUAUCGUCACCUUCUUGAAGAGCUCAACGAACAAAGGCAGCAUGGUAUCCUUUGUGACGUGUGCAUUAUAGUGGAGGGGAAAAUCUUCAAGGCCCACAAAAACGUCCUCCUCGGGAGCAGCCGCUACUUCAAGACACUGUACUGCCAGGUGCAGAAGACGUCUGACCAAGCCACCGUCACUCACUUAGACAUUGUAACGGCGCAGGGCUUCAAAGCGAUCAUCGACUUCAUGUACUCUGCGCACCUCGCGUUGACCAGCCGGAACGUUAUCGAGGUGAUGUCUGCCGCUAGCUAUCUCCAGAUGACUGACAUCGUGCAAGCCUGUCACAACUUCAUAAAGGCUGCUCUUGACAUAAGCAUAAAGUCCGACGCAUCGGACGAUCUUAUCGACUAUGAGCUCGGGGCUGCUUCCAGCAGCAGUGCGGAUGCUUUGAUUUCGGCAGUGGUCGCCGGUAGGAGCAUAUCUCCCUGGCUGGCCAGGCGGACGAGUCCCGCCAACUCCUCCGGUGACUCGGCCAUCGCCAGCUGUCACGAAGGAGGAAGCUCGUACGGGAAAGAGGAUCAAGAACCCAAAGCAGAUAACCACGAUGAUAUUUCGUCCCAGUCUCUUUGGCCCAGCGAUCUCAGCUACGGCUCCUUGCGUAUCAAAGAAGAGCAGGUCUCUCCAUCUCAUUAUGGAGGGAACGAGUCUGCCAAAGACGGUGCAAUACAGAAUUCUUUCUCCGAACAAGGUGGAGCAGAUGGUUGGCAGCCUACGGGGCGCAGGAAGAAUAGGAAAAAUAAAGAUACUGUGCGUCAUAUUACACCACAGCUGGGGAGUGAUGACAGGACAAGUUCUCCAGUGCCGUCUUUCCUUUCUGCCUCAGGGUGGCCAUUCAAUAGUCGAGAAGCAAGUGUGGAUCUUACAGUGACAGAGCCCAGCAGCUCUGACAGCAGGAUAGAAAGAGUGGACCUUUACGCCAAUGUCGACGAAGCGCUCCUAGGAGGUGAAGCUAGCUAUCUCUCUCAGCCUCUUACCCUGGAGAAAGAGGAUGCUCUUCAGGCCGUGGCCGUCGCUAACCUGCGGGCAGCCUUGAUGAGCAAGAACAGCCUGUUGUCCCUGAAAGCUGACCUGCUGGGAGAGGAGAGUUCCCUGCUCUUUGAGUACCUACCCAAAGGCACACACUCGCUGUCUUGGCCUGGCACCGGCUUGAGUCGUCCGAGGGGCGGAUGUGAUGGCAAAGUGGAAGCCCCCCAUCCCCCGCUGCCUUCAUCCCACCUUGCCCCUCAGAGCCCCUCCGCCCUCAACACCUCUUCUGGCGAUACGUCGCCAGAAACCGUACAAGGAGAGUCUUCAGCUCAGGUCACGCAGGAUGGAUUUUUAGCACUGUGGCAAUUAGACAGCUCUGACACAGAUAUGAACACUUCACAGUCUGAAGACAUGGACUUAGGCCACGAGGGUUUACUCUCGGAUUCUCCUGUCCUCAGAAAGCUGACCUGUGCUUUCUGCAGAAAAAUAUUUGAAUGUGCAGAGAAGCUACAGGAACACAUUCACGAGCAUACUUUCCCCAUGAUUGUUCCUUUGGAUGUCAUUGACUAUUCCAGGUCUGUUCUGGCUGAGCAUAUCACUCCCGGCCAGUUUCCCCGUUUCCAGUGUCCGAAAUGCCCUGCGAGCUUCACGCUCAAAUCCAACAUGGAUCGGCAUGAAAAGACCAUCCACUUCAACCGGAAGAAGAUGCAGUGCCCUCACUGCCUCAAACUGUUCCGAGACAAGACGGACUUAAACCGGCACCUUAUGUCUGUGCACUCCCGAGAACGCUUAUUCGCGUGUCUUUUCUGCGGGAAGGGCUUUGGCACUCAGAAGAAUCUCACUACUCAUAUGAAAGUUUGUUACCUGGGCUCAGCACAGCCGGUAGCUGAAGAGUUUCUGAAUAAUCUUGAGCAAAAUGAGGACUCUGAUGAUGAGUAG